AUGUCAGCGAAAUUUGGAAGUAUAAUAUUACUAGCUAUCCUACUACUAGUGGCAACGUUUGCAGUAGGAAUUAUACCCUUGUAUUGGCUAGGCCAUAAUUCAAAUAAAAAUAGUGAUAAAUACAUAUAUAUGCUAUCUCAAUUUGGGAUUGGUAUGCUUUUAGGUACUUCAUUCAUGCUAGUUAUUCCUGAAGGUAUUAAAGCCUGUGUUGAGCAUGACGGUAAUGUGGGCCUGAAUCUAUUAGUUGGCUUUAUUGGUGUUUACUUACUGGAUAGAAUAGUCCAGCUAAUAAUGAAAAGGGGAACCCUAGAUUCUCGUUUUGAAGAAGCCUCAAGAAUAAACUCUUUGAAGGACUUAAUUAGAUAUCCAAAAGUUCCAUUUUUAUGUAUCUUGAGAAAUAACGUAGUAUUUGCUCUUUUUAUACAUGGGCUCUCAGAUGGUAUUGCCCUUGGUACUACUACAGGUAAUGGGGCUUUACUAUUUGUCUUAUUAAUUGCUAUCGUGAUUCAUAAAAUACCUGCCACAUUAUCAUUAUCAAGUUUAAUGAUAUCCAAACAGAAGCUACCAAAAUGGGAAAUUCUAUCAAAUCUAUUUGCAUUUGCAUUAUCUACACCGCUAGGCUAUGUUGUAGUUUCCUGUUUCAAUUUAUCUGAUUCAUCUACCAUGGAAGUUAUAUGUGGGAAUUUAUUACUAAUGAGCGGUGGUAGUUUGUUAUAUGCCUCAUUUACCGCAUUUGUAGGUGGGGAUGAACACGAUCAUUCCCAGAUAUCAAGUAAUGAAAAUGCAGUACAAUAUGAUAAAGUUGAGAGUCAAUCAACGAAUAGUAGAAAUGCCACACCUAUUCCACCAAUAGACCUCAAUUUUGAAGAUACAGAUGGUAACCAUGAAACUAUUCAAUCUUCAUCUAAUAACAACUCAAAACUAUUAAAAUACGAUGAAUCUGUGUACAUCUUAAUUGGUGUAAUAAUUCCACUAAUCAUCUCCUUUGUCAUUUCUGAAGAUUAA